CCUAGGUAAUCAAUCACUUGUGUUCAUUGGGACAUUUACCCCAUUUCAUUCUCUGCGCAGUUUUGAUUUCUUCUUCAUUCAGCACUUCAAUCUUAACAGAUCUACUUGUUCAUACGCUGGUUGUAAGUCAUCUGAAGCUGCAGUUGGAAAGGGACAUUUACUGCAUGAUCUUUUGACAUUGUUACAAUGUCAGGGCUACUUAAUUCAUCCUUGAAUGGAUCAGCAACCAGUCUUCCUGACAAUAAUGGUCGAUCUUUGGGGACAUCUUUCUCUCCCCAAUCUGGUGCACCUUCUUCUGUGUUCCAUCACACAGGGACAAUGCAAGGACUACAUAAUAUCCACGGGAAUUUUAAUGUCCCCACUAUGCCUGGAACACUCGUAUCUAGAAACUCUUCAAUAAUGAAUAAUGUUCCUUCGAGCAGUGUUCAACAACCUUCUGGAAGCCUUUCUGCUGCGCGAUAUACGUCGAAUAAUAUCCCUGUUGCUCUUUCUCAGAUGACAACCCAUGGAAGUUCUCAUGGUCACUCAGCUGUAGCAAAUAGAGGUGGUGGAAUGAAUGUUGUUGGAAGCCCGGGAUAUAGCAGCAACGGUAAUGGAAUUGGGGGAUCUGUUUCUGGGAUUUUACCAAAUUCUACGACGAUUGGUAACCGUAAUGCUGUUCCGGGAAUGGGAGUAUCUCCAAUGUUGGGGAAUAAUGGUCCUCGAAUUACAAACUCAAUGGGAAACAUAGCUGUCGGGGGGAAUAUUGGGAGGAAUAUGAGCACGGGUGGAGGAAUAAACGUGCCUGGUCUUACUUCUCGGCUGAAUUUGUCUGCCAAUAGUGGUUCAGGAAAUCUAAAUGUACAGGGUGGUCCAAACAGAAUAAUGAGUAGUAAUGUUCUACAACAAGCUCCACAGGUGAUGUCCAUGUUAGGAAACUCCUAUCAAGCUUCUGGAGGUCCCUUGUCACAGAACCAUGUCCAAGGAAGUCUAAAUUCAAUGGGAAUGAUGAAUGAUAUUUCUAGUGAUGGGUCUCCCUUCGAUUUGAAUGAUUUCCCUCAAUUAACAAGCCGCCCCGGUUCUGCUGGAGGACCUCAAGGGCAAUUGGGAUCACUUCGAAAACAGGGACUCGGUGUCAGUAAUAUUGUGCAACAAAAUCAAGAAUUUACCAUGCAAAAUGAAGAUUUUCCUGCUUUACCUGGUUUUAAAGGUGGUAAUGCUGAGUAUAACAUGGAUUUGCAACAGAAAGAACAAGCCCAUGACAAUGCGAUGUCCAUGAUGCAAUCUCAGCACUUUCCUAUGACAAGAUCUACAGGUUUCAACUUGGCAGGGACAUAUUCAUCUCAUCGACCACAGCAGCAACAGCAACCGCAGCAGCAUCUUCCAUCAGUCACUAGUAGUGGUGUUUCUUUUUCGUCUAUGAACAAUCAAGAUAUGCUCCACAUGCAUGGCUCUGACAUGUUUCAAUCUUCACAUGCUGGAUAUCCCUCACAGGCGAGUGGAGCACCUGGUUUGGGUUUAAGACCUCUUAACUCUCCCAACGCAAUGUCAGGUAUGAGUUCAUAUGAUCAACUUAUCCAGCAGUACCAACAGCAUCACAAUUCAUCUCAGUUUCGGCUUCAACAAAUGACUGCUGCAACUGCUAACCAGUCAUAUAGUAGAGAGCAGGGUUUGAAAUCAAUGCAGGCUACAUCAUCACAUGUUGCUGCUUCUGCUGCUCCAGACCCUUUCAGUUUGCUGGGUUUAUUAAAUAUCAUAAGAGUUAGGGAUCCUGGUUUAGCGUCACUUGCACUUGGAUUGGAUCUAACCACACUUGGAUUGAACCUUAACUCGUCAGAAAAUCUUCACAAGACAUUUGGAUCCCCUUGGGUGGACGAGCCUGUGAAAGGCGAUCCAGAAUUCAAUGUUCCACAAUGUUACUAUGCUAAACAACCACCACCAUUCAACUCAUAUUUUGUAAAGAUCCCGUUGGACAGCUUAUUCUACAUCUUCUAUAGCAUGCCGAAAGAUGAAGCGCAGUUAUAUGCUGCAAAUGAACUGUAUAACAGGGGUUGGUUCUACCAUAGGGAUCUCCGGUUGUGGUUUACUAGAGUUGCUAAGACGGAGCCAUUGGUGAAGACAAACACUUAUGAGAGAGGAUCUUAUAUAUGCUUUGAUCCGAAUUCAUGGGAAACUCUCCGCAAGGAUAAUUUUGUUGUGUAUUAUGAAAUGCUGGAGAAAAGACCAGCUCUAUCUCAACAUUAACUUACUGGUAGGUUUACAGACUGUAAAUCAAUUGUAGCUCAUUGGCUGUCAGGUUGUUUUGAGGUCAAUGUUCUUGUUAUAGAGUAUUUCAUUGUAAGCAGUUGUUCGAUAAUUCUCCUAUAAAUUAAUGGGCAAAUUGAAGUAUUUUUGCCUUAAAAUAUGCACCAUAAAAAAAAUUUAAAAAAUAGGUUUCAGUGUUUAGGGUUAUAUGUUUACUUAUGUU